UUAUUUAGCCUCGAAUUUAAUUAUUUUAAGGGUCACGAUCUCGAUGAGGUGGGUGCCGUUAGUGCUCCUGCCGUUGAUCGCCUCGGCGGCAACAACCUAUCAACAUCGGCAGACCUAUUCUAGUCUGCAAUGCCGAGUAAACGACCCACUAUCAUGUAAUCAAGCAAAAAGCGAGGUUUGCGUAUUUGUGAACGGGCAAUACCGAUGUGAAUGUCCCGUUGGAGUAUCCCGUCUCGCCGACGGUCGCUGCCUCGUCGUCAACGAAUGUGCUCGUCCAUCACUAAACGCUUGUCACAAGGAUGCUCAAUGUGUUGAUCUCGCAGAAGGAUACACGUGUCGUUGUAAUUCUGGAUUCGCUGACACAUCACCAGAUAAGGUUAACAAACCAGGACGUCAGUGUCAGAAGACAACGAAUGAGUGCGGAGCUAAACAGACUUAUGGUGUUGAUUGUGAUGAAAAUGCAGCUUGCGUGGAUACUCCAGAAGGUUUCCAAUGCGUUUGCCAACCGGGAUAUGCUGAUGUUUCCACUUCGAUCUCUAAACUUCCUGGAAGAAAAUGUGUUGAAUCGGUCAAUGAGUGUACUAACGGAGAGGCUGAUUGCUCUAACAACGCUGACUGUUUUGAUCGUGCUGAUGGGUACGAAUGCAAAUGUCGCCCAGGAUUUGUCGAUGCUUCACCAAACGUUGACAAGUAUCCAGGACGUGUUUGUAAUAAGCCAAAAGCACCGGAAUACUAUGGACAACAAAGUCGUCAACCACAGUGCUCUGAGGGUUCCGGAUGUGGACCAAAUGAAGAGUGCAGAUUCAAUACUGCCGGAGAAAAAGUUUGCCAGUGUAGACGUGGAAGUGUUCAACAAUCGAACGGAGUCUGCAAGGUUUUCAGUCAAUGUGAACAAGCUAAUGAAUGUGACAGAAAUGCAUUCUGCUCUAACACUUACGAUGGUCCAAAAUGCCAAUGUAAAGAUGGAUUCCUUGAUGUCUCACCCGAUCCAGUUAGACUCCCAGGAAGAAAAUGUCAACAAGUUCGUAAUGAAUGUGCCGAUGGAUCCCAUGACUGCUCUCAUCAAGCUGCUUGUCAAGACACCCCAACUGGAUACAUCUGUUCUUGCAAUUCCAACUGUAUUGAUGUCUCUUCUCGUUACAACUUGCCACCUGGAAGAAAGUGUAGCGUUGCUGCCAAUCAAUGUUCUGACAAAUCUCUCAACUCUUGCGAUGAAAAUGCUGAUUGCGUUCAACUUCCGGAUGGAUACACAUGCAAGUGCUUCGCAGGAUACGUUGAUGUCUCCUCAAAUGCCAAUCUUCCACCAGGCCGUGUCUGCACUCUUUCCACUGCUUGCCCAGCUCAACCAACUGAUUUGGUCUUCUUGAUUGAUGGAUCUGGAUCAAUUGGAUCAUAUGUUUUCCAGACUGAAGUUUUGCGCUUUUUGGCCGAGUUCACCGAGUUGUUCGAUAUUGCACCCCAGAAGACACGUGUGUCAGUUGUUCAAUAUUCUGAUCAAAUCCGUCAUGAGUUCGGAUUGGAUAACUAUUCUGAUCGUAAAUCUCUUCAAAAUGCUAUCAGAAAUAUUGAAUACUUGACUGGGCUCACUAGAACCGGAGCAGCCAUCGAGCACGUUGCAAAUGAAGCAUUCAGUGAGAGACGUGGAGCAAGACCAGUCGGACAAGUCUCACGUGUAGCUAUUGUUAUUACUGAUGGAAGAUCUCAGGACAAUGUCACUCGACCAUCUGACAAUGCUCGUCGACAAGAUAUCCAACUCUUCGCCGUUGGAGUAACCAACCACGUACUUGACGCAGAACUUGAAGAAAUCUCUGGUUCCAAGGACCGAACAUUCCAUGUUUCUGGCUUCGAAGAUCUUAACACUCGUCUACGUUCAGCCAUCCAACGUGUCGCUUGCCCACAUCAGAACAAUGAGGAUACUUAUAACAAGGGACCAUGUGAUCCAAGCAAUCAUAAUGGAUGUGAUAGAUCAUUGAAUCAAGUAUGCCAACAGAAGAAUGGAAAGUUUGUGUGCGCGUGCCCAGCUGGUUUUGAUAUCCAUCCAGUCACCAAGGUUUGCGGUGGAGAUAUUUGCAAUCCGGAGAUCGCCACGUCUUGCCCUGAUCCAGAAAUUUGUGAGAAAACUCCUUUCGGAAACUGGAGAUGUACUUGUCCAGCAGAUUUGGGAUGGAGAGAUCGGCUUACUGGAGUUUGCAAAAUUGGUGAGAAGCCUGUACAAACUUCUGAAUCAAAUGAUGAAUGCUCACCAAACGACGUUCACAGUUGCCCAGCAAACUCGAAAUGUGAAAAGGGAGCUGGAGGAGAAUUCAUCUGCAAAUGCGACGCUGGUUUCCAACGCAACGGGCGUACAAACAAGUGUGAAGCUCCAGGAACUUGUGAUCCAAGAAUGCCAGACUCGUGUGAUGCCAGAAAGAAAGAGAAGUGCCUUCCAGAUGGACGUGGAGCAUUUGCAUGCAUGUGUGAUAGACAUCAUAAGAGACAUCCAGUGACUGAUAUCUGCUUAAUUGACGAGUGUGCUGCUGGAGUUGCUGAUUGUGAUCCAAAUGCCAAAUGUACAGAUACUGAUGAAUCAUACAUCUGUACCUGCAAUGAAGGGUUCCUUGACAAAUCACCUGAACAGAACAAGAAACCAGGAAGAGUUUGCUCCAAACAACGCAAUGAAUGUUUGGAUGGAACUCACAAUUGCUCGAUGAAUGCUGAUUGUAUAGAUCUUCCAGAUGGCUUCUUGUGUAGAUGCAAAGAAGAUUUUGUGGACAUCUCACCAAAUCCAAAUGCAUUCGGAGGAAUUGACUGUAGAGCUCUUGUCAAUGAGUGUCUUAUUACAGGAGGACAUAACUGUCAUGAACACGCCAUAUGCAUUGAUACUCGUGACUCUUAUAAAUGCCAAUGCAAAGAGGGGUAUGUUGAUCAUGAUGAGCUUAGAAAUCCAGGAAGAACAUGCAAGAAAUUGAAUCAAAUCUGUGAAUCUGGAAAACACGAGUGUGACAAAAACGCUCGCUGCGUCGAGAAAGGAGCCAAUGAUUACGAGUGUGUAUGCAAUGCUGGAUUCAUUGAUAAGAGUCCACUUACCCAUCGCCCUGGAAGAAAAUGCGUUGAACCAAUCUGUUCGGAUGACUCCAAGCAUGAUUGUCACUCUGCUGCUAUCUGCGAAGAGAAUGAUUCAGUUCCAGAGAAAUAUACUUGCAAGUGUCGUGAUGGAUAUUUGGAUGUUGGAGCUGUAAUGGGUGGUGGAAAGAGCGGACGCGAAUGCAAAGAACUUGUCAAUGAAUGUCUUUCGGCUUCUCUCAACUCUUGUGAUGCAGCUGCCACUUGUAUUGACCUUGAUGAUGGAUACACUUGCAAAUGUCCAUUGGGAUCUAAGGAUGAAUCCCCAGUUCCGAAAUUGCCAGGAAGAUCAUGCAAGGGAUUAGUCAAUGAAUGCAAUAUUCCACAUCUUAAUAAUUGCUCUCACUUUGCCACGUGUAUUGAUUUGGAAGAAGGAUACGAGUGCAAGUGUAAACCAGAGUACCACGACCAGAAACCAGAGCAACCCGGAACUGAAUGUAAAUUCAUCAUCAACGAGUGUCUCGCUGAAAAUCUGAAUGACUGCAGUCCAAAUGCCAUGUGCAUUGACAAGAUUGAUGGGUACGACUGCAAGUGCAAAGCACCAUUCCAGGAUGAGAUGCCAUCAAAUCCAGGUAGAAUCUGCCGUUUCGAUGAGUGUGCUGAUCCAAAGGAUAACGAUUGUGAUAAGCAUGCAUUGUGUAUUGAUACUGAUGAUUCAUACACCUGCCAGUGCAAAGAAGGAUUCUUCGAUGAAAUCUCGGAUCCAAAGAAGCCUGGAAGAGUAUGCAUUGGUCUCGUCAUCGAACCACAAAAUCAAUCGGAAGAUCCAACAACUCCCGAUCCAAACACUAUCAAGUGCGGUAACGGACUUUGUCAUCUUGAUCUUGGAGAAGUGUGCGUCGGAGGAGCCACAUGUUCGUGCCGCCCUGGAGAAAGCCGUGACAAUGAGAAGGAGAAGUGUGUUCCAACAACUUCAAUUCCAUUGGUUGUCAGAGUUAUGGAGUAUGAUGGAGAGCCAAUUCAAUACAGAACUGAUUACUCAAAACCAGAUACUCAAGCUCAUAUCGAAAUUGUUGAUGCUGUUAAGAAGAGCGUUGGAAAGAUUAUUGGAAAGACUGAUGUUGCUCCAAGAUUCGUCACCACUGACGUCAACUAUAUCACAAAUCCAAAAGUACAAAACAGUGAAUGGGAUAAGGGACUUCUCGGAAAUGUGUCAGUACAUUUGGCUGGAAAGGAAGAAGUUGACAAGUGCAGAUUCUAUGAACAAUUUGCCGAAAUUGUUCGUGAAAUGGGAGGAAGAGUUGACCGUAUCAAGCUUUCCGAUGAUGCAGACCUUGAUCCAUGUAAGAAAGAAGAGGAGAAGAAGGGAAUCCCAUGUGGUAACACAUUCUGCUCAAUUGAACUUGGAGAAGAGUGUAUUGCUGGAAAAAUCUGUGGAUGUCCAAAGGGACAAAAGAGGAAGGAUGCAAACAGCCCAUGCCGUGCUGUCGAAUCAUGGAAUCUGCCACUUUAUGUGAUUCGUGACGGACAUGAGAAGAUCACAUAUUCCCCAUCCCUCUCGAAUCCAUUGAAUGACGAUCAUAAGGACUUGGUAUCAAGAUUUGAGUCUGGAGUUGCUCAAAGUUACGAUAAGACUCCAUUGAAGGGAGCAUUUGUGACAGCUGAGGUCAAUGAAAUCGAGAAUCCAGAGAGCAGAAAGAAGUCGUGGGAUACUGGAAUCUUGUACAAUUUCACUUCACAUUUCGUGAAAGGAAGUGUUGCAGAGCCAGCCAGUGUGUUCACUGACUUGAUUGAUUAUAUUCAGAAAAGAAAUGACUUUGAGGUCGGAAAGUCGAAACUUUUCAUCUCUCCAGAACAACUCAAUCCAUUCUCCAACUGUUAUCAUUCUGAUUGUCAUCCAGAUGCAAUUUGCAAAGAAGUUGGAAAGGGAUACACCUGUACUUGUCCAGAUGGUUUCCGUGAUUUGAAUCCAUCUCGUCCUGGCAGAAACUGUCUUUCAUACCGUGGAGUCAAUGAAUGUGAGAAACCUGAACUCAAUGAAUGCUCACCACAUGCUAGAUGCAUCGAUUUGGACUAUUUAUACAAAUGUGAAUGCAUCCGUCCUUAUGUCAACUCUGCUGUCGGAGAUGCUCUUCCAGGAUCUGUGUGCUCCAUCGAUUACUGUCAAGACGUCAACUAUUGUCCACUCAACUCUACUUGUGUGAAUGUAGAUGAGCAGGCUCGGUGUGAUUGUAAACCUGGAUUCGUGGACCUUCGCAAAUCAGGACAUCUUUCCGAGGCUGGACUAGGAGAAUCAAUUUGUAGAAGACAAUCGGAUAUUGAUGAGUGUGCUCUUGGUCUUCAUAACUGCUCAGCUGCUGCUAUUUGUAUCGAUAAGAAGAUUGGAUAUGAAUGUCAAUGUCAAGAAGGAUACGAGGAUGGAAAUCCAUCACAACCUGGACGCAUCUGUGCUGCCUCACUUUGUGGUUUGUGCAACGGACAUGGAGAUUGUAUCCAUGACGCACUUUCAUCCAAUGUUACCUGUGCUUGUCUUGACGGAUACACUGGACAAUUCUGUGAAACUGCUCCAUCGAAUCUGCCACUCAUCCUCAUGACCCUUCUUGCUCUUCUCUUCCUUCUGCUCACUCUUCUUUGCUGCCUCUACAUGUGUGCUCGAUGCAGAUGCUUCGGUGCUCGUGGAAGAAGUGAAGGAUCUGCUAGUGGCCAGGAGAUUCUUGGAUCCGAUUACUACACGAUACCACGUGCUAAACUAGCCAGACCACUUUAUGGAGAUGAGAUGGGAGAUGAUCAUGCAGGAGCACUCGCUGCUUAUUUGGAUGAUGGAGCAUCUAUUUCAUCUGAUGGAAGUAUCGAAGAGAUUGAAAGAAGAGUCACAACUGAUGUUACAACUAGAGAAGUCAGAACUACAACUGUUAGAGAUGAUGAUGGAAAUAUUAUCAGUCAGAGUCAGACAAUCUCCCAUGGAAACCCCCAUGAGACAGACACUGAGCAAUAUGGAAUGAUAUCUUCUGAUCAUUACAAGACAUCUGCCUCAGAGGCAAUGGAUGCUGCCAUGUCUACGUCCGCCUCCGGAGCCGCUUACAAUCAAAGCUCCGGUGCAAUGAUGAGCUCUGCAUCUGGACAUAAAUCUGCAUAUAAUCAAGGAUAUGCAUCAGAUUCUGAAGACUCUGAUGCUGGACAUGCAGUUUAUGAUAGAACUACAAGGACGAAUCAGUCACACGAUUUCGAGCCAGGAGCAGAUCCAAGAACUGGAACGGAACGAUCAAAACGUGAAUUUGUGACAACGACCAAAGCAGAAGAAGUCAACUAUUUCUAGAUUACUUACCAUUAUUUUUUAGUUGUGUGCUCAAAAACUUUUUUUGCUCCAAUUUUGUACAUAUUCAAAACAACACCCCCUCCCAACCCAUUGAAUUACGAAGUAUCAAAUACACCGCUAGAAUUCUUUGUUUCGUGUUUUUAUUUUAAAUUUUUAUAUUUUUCUAGAAAGAAAUGCAUUUCCAAACCAAUCAAUAAUAUCCAGAUUUGCAAUAAAUCCCCGUGCUCAUUUCCUCUGUUCUUUUCUCCGAUUGUUUUUCAUUUCAAACAAUUCCUGCCAUCCAAAAAAAUAUUUCUUUCUCUAGAAACUUUCAUAAAAAAUAUUUAUCGUUUAUCAUUUUUGCCAGUUUUCUAAUUUUUGUUCUCAGUUCAAUAAAAAUUGAUGUUUCUCUUUU